CCGAAAAAGAAAAAGUUAGUAGCCUAGAAACCGAAUUAAACGAAAAUGACGAAAUAUUAGCUAAAAAAAACAGUGAAAUAAGUAGAUUGGUGAAUGAUUUAGCGGCUGCUUAUUCCACGAUUAGCCAACUAAAUAAGCAAAUAGUUAAUUGCGAGGAUGAACUAGACGAACAAGAACAAGAUUUAACAACGGCAGAGGAAAUAUUAGCCGACAAGAACCAAAAAAUAGCCCAAAAUCAGGUUAUUUUAAGCCAAGAACAAGCUAAUUUAUUGAGAGAAAAGCAAGACCGCCAAAGAACCCAAAACGAACGAGACAAUUACCUCGCUGAACUUCACGAAUUAGAGCAGGAUUUUUCUGAACAAGCAAGAUUACUAGCCGACAAGAAUGCUAAAUUAGCUGCCGCAAUAGCCGAAAAAAAUGACUUACAAAAGCAAUUAACUGAUGAACGGAACCUUAACCAAAAUUUACAAAACCAAAUUAACAAUCACAAUUGUCCUGCUCCUGCCCCGCACACUUGCCCGAUUGUUAAUGAAGUAAAUUGUUCUCAUGCUGAUUACCAAGAAAUCAAAGAGCAGCGGGAUAAUUACCAACAGCAAGCCCAAACUGCUUGCCAAGAAAAAGAGGAAAAGGAGAAACAAAUCAUUCAACAAAUCAAUCAAGACUUACAUUUAGGUUUAAAUAAUCCGAGUUUAAAACAAGUAAUUAACCGAAUUCAACAGUUAAUUAAUAAACCGCCCAUUUACUUUACUUCUGAUAAUGGCAAUUUACAAAAAGAACUAGACCAAGCCAACCAAACUAUUACCAGACUAGAACAAGAAUUAGCGACAAAUAAUACUCCUUUUGGGGAAAACCUAGAAACUAUUAAAGAAAUUGACUUAAAAGGUUUAGUAAAAGAAUUAAAUAUUCAGUUAUCUCCUAACGCCAUUCAGCAAAUGGAGCAAGCCACUAAUUAUCAACAGUUAGCCACUACUCGCAAUGCGGAAAUUAAAAAGCAUUUACAGAAAGAUUUAAAUAGUUUAGCGGUGGCUAACGCGUCAAAAGAAAUAAUUCAACCACCAAAUAAGGAAAGAAUUAUUUUAAUUAGUUGCUUAGUGGCUAGUUUGCUAACUGUUGGCGGAUUGUUGAUAAAAUUAAAAAAAGCCAAAAAAAACCAAUUCACCAA